GGAGCCACCGCGACCUUCACAGGCACCCUCACCGUCCACAACCAAAACCUGCUUUUGCGCUUUGAGAAUGGUGUCCUCACCUUUGCCACGCCCCCGCCGCCAGCCUGGGAGCCUGCGGUCGCGCCUGUCCCUCAGCCUGCGGGUCUGAUGGCUCCGCAAGCGGGGUUCCCGCACGCAGCGCAGCCCAGCGACUGCCCCGAGCUGCCGCCCGACCUCCUGCUGGCAGAGCCCGCUGAACCUGCGCCCGCCCCGGCGCAUGAGGAGGAGGCAGAGAGCCUGGCCUCAGCCAAGAGCCCCCCCAGGCCGCUGGGCCCAGGCCCAGGGGUGGUGCUGUACCUGUGUCCCGAGGCCCAGUGCGGACAAACCUUUGCCAAGAAGCACCAGCUGAAGGUGCACCUGCUGACUCACAGCAGCAGCCAGGGCCAGCGGCCCUUCAAGUGCCCGCUGGGCGGCUGCGGCUGGACUUUCACCACCUCCUACAAGCUCAAGAGGCACCUGCAGUCACACGACAAACUUCGGCCCUUUGGCUGCUCUGCGGAGGGCUGUGGCAAGAGCUUCACCACAGUGUAUAACCUCAAGGCACACAUGAAGGGCCAUGAGCAGGAGAACUCAUUCAAGUGUGAGGUGUGCGAGGAGAGCUUCCCUACGCAAGCCAAACUCAGCGCCCACCAACGCAGCCAUUUCGAGCCCGAGAGGCCCUACCAGUGCGCGUUUUCUGGCUGCAAGAAGACAUUUAUCACAGUGAGUGCCCUGUUUUCCCAUAACCGUGCCCACUUCAGGGAACAGGAACUCUUCUCCUGCUCUUUUCCUGGCUGCAGCAAACAGUACGACAAGGCUUGUCGCCUGAAAAUUCACCUGCGGAGCCACACCGGUGAGAGACCUUUCCUUUGUGACUUUGACGGCUGUGGCUGGAACUUCACCAGCAUGUCCAAACUCUUAAGGCACAAAAGGAAGCACGAUGAUGACCGGAGGUUCAUGUGUCCUGUGGAAGGCUGUGGCAAAUCUUUCACGAGGGCCGAGCACCUGAAAGGUCACAGCAUAACCCACCUGGGCACAAAGCCUUUUGUGUGCCCUGUGGAAGGCUGCUGUGCCAGGUUCUCUGCUCGCAGUAGUCUCUACAUUCACUCCAAGAAACACUUGCAAGACGUGGACACUUGGAAAAGCCGUUGCCCCGUCUCUACUUGUAAUAAACUUUUCACAUCCAAGCACAGCAUGAAGACCCACAUGGCCAAAAGGCACAACCUCCGCCAGGAUCUCUUAGCUCAGCUAGAAGCUGCAAAUUCUCUUACGCCCAGCAGUGAACUUACCAGCCAGGGACAGAGUGAUCUCAGUGAGGCAGAGCUAGUGUCUUUACUCUCUGAUGUGCCUGGCAGUAGUUCUGCUGCAGUGCUGGACACAGCACUGGUGAACUCUGGAAUCUUGACUAUUGAUGUGGCUUCUGUGAGUUCAACUCUGGCAGGGAACCUCCCUGCUAUUAAUAAUAAUUCCUUAGGGCAGGCUGUGGACCCUCGGGCCUUGAUGGCCACCAGUGACCUUCCUCAAAGUCUGGACACCUCUCUCUUUUUUGGAACGACAGCCUCUGGUUUUCAGCAGAGUCCCUUAGGUAUGGAUGGUGCCUCAAGUCUAAGUGUGGAGCCAUUGGCAUCUCUGGGCCCUUUGGCUGUGAAAAACUCGAGUCAAGAACCCCAAGCUUUGACCCCCAGCAGUAAGCUAACAGUGGACACGGAUGCUCUGACUCCUUCCAGCACCCUUUGUGAAAACAGUGUCUCAGAACUCCUGACGCCAACCAAAGCAGAAUGGAAUGCACAUCAUGACUCUGACUUCUUUGGACAGGAGGAAGAAACCCAGUUUGGAUUCUCCAAUACAGCAGGAAACCAUGGUUCUCAGAAAGAAACAGAUCUUAUCACAGUGGCUGGCGGCUCAUUUUUGGUAUGAACCAACUGUUAAU